GGGCCGGCCGCGCACGCCGGCCCCGCGAGCCGCAGCCCUAGGGGCGGGCGCCCCCGAAUUUUCCAGCCUCCGUCGCCGCCGCCUCCUCCUCCUUUCUCCUGCGGCCGGGCGCCUGUGGAUGCUGAGGGGCAGCCCUGCGCCUCUCCCGGCCGGAUUCCCGGCCUGACGGCGGGUGAGUCGCGACCCGGCCGGGGACCGUGGCUCUGGUGGGGCGGCGCGGCUCCGCGGGGAGCAGCCCCCGGGCGCGCUGAGCCCUCCUGGCCCUUCCCGCUGUACGCGUGACUCGGCCUCGCAGCCCGCGAGGGGACCGGCCCGGACCACGCGGCUCCCGAGUUCCCGCACAGUUACAGAUGGUCAGCGCUGCCUGUGCUGGGGAAGCCAGCUCUGUGUUCCUGCCCAAGGGGGCCGUCCGUCAGCCUGCCCCAGGUCCCCGAGAGCCCUGGUAGGUGGCCCAUUCCAGAGUCCUUCCUCUGUUCCUCGUCCGCUUCUCCAGAGCCAGUAGAAGCAGACACCAGCCAGGAUGCCGAGGACCCAGGGCUUCUCCGAUCCUGAGUACUCGGCCGAGUACUCCGCCGAGUACUCCGUCAGCCUGCCCUCUGACCCUGACCGCGGGGUGGGCCGGACCCAUGAGAUCUCUGUCCGGAACUCGGGAUCCUGCCUGUGCCUGCCUCGCUUCAUGCGGCUGACCUUCGUGCCGGAGUCCUUGGAGAACCUGUACCAGACCUACUUCAAAAGGCAGCGCCACGAGACGCUGCUGGUGCUGGUGGUCUUCGCGGCCCUCUUCGACUGCUACGUGGUGGUCAUGUGCGCAGUGGUCUUCUCCAGUGACAAGCUGGCUCCCCUUGCUGUGGCCGGGGUCGGGCUGGUGUUGGACAUCAUCCUCUUUGUGCUCUGCAAACAGGGGCUGCUGCCCAACCGGGUCACCCGGAAAGUGGUGCCCUACCUGCUGUGGCUGCUGAUAACAGCCCAGGUCUUCUCCUACCUGGGCCUGAACUUCUCCCGCGCCCAUGCGGCCAGCGACACGGUGGGCUGGCAGGCCUUCUUUGUCUUCUCCUUUUUCAUCACGCUGCCCCUCAGCCUCAGCCCCAUCGUCAUCAUCUCUGUGGUCUCCUGCGUCGUGCACACGCUCGUCUUGGGGGUCACCGUGGCCCAGCAGCAGCGGGACGGGCUGAAGGGGAUGCAGUUGCUGAGAGAGAUUCUGGCCAAUGUCUUCCUGUACCUGUGCGCCAUCAUUGUGGGCAUCAUGUCCUACCACAUGGCGGACCGCAAGCACCGCAAGGCCUUCCUGGAGGCCCGCCAGUCGCUGGAGGUGAAGAUGAACCUGGAGGAGCAGAGCCAGCAGCAGGAGAACCUUAUGCUUUCCAUCCUGCCCAAGCACGUGGCAGACGAGAUGCUGAAGGACAUGAAGAAGGACGAGAGCCAGAAGGACCAGCAGCAGUUCAACACCAUGUACAUGUACCGCCACGAGAAUGUCAGCAUCCUCUUCGCCGACAUUGUGGGCUUCACCCAGCUGUCUUCAGCCUGCAGCGCCCAAGAGCUCGUGAAGCUCCUCAACGAGCUCUUUGCCCGCUUCGACAAGCUGGCGGCCAAAUACCACCAGCUGCGGAUUAAGAUUCUGGGCGACUGUUACUACUGCAUCUGUGGGCUGCCUGACUCCCGGGAGGACCACGCCGUCUGCUCCAUCCUCAUGGGGCUUGCCAUGGUGGAGGCCAUCUCGUAUGUACGGGAGAAGACGAAGACCGGGGUGGACAUGCGAGUCGGGGUGCACACGGGCACCGUGCUGGGGGGUGUCCUGGGCCAGAAGCGCUGGCAGUACGACGUGUGGUCCACCGAUGUCACCGUGGCCAACAAGAUGGAGGCUGGCGGCAUCCCCGGGCGCGUGCACAUCUCCCAGAGCACGAUGGACUGCCUGAAAGGCGAGUUCGACGUGGAGCCAGGUGACGGGGGCAGCCGCUGUGAUUACCUGGAUGAGAAGGGCAUCGAAACCUACCUCAUCAUUGCGUCCAAGCCAGAGGUGAAGAGGACAGCCUCCCAAAAUGGCCUCAGUGGCUCGGCUCUGCUGAACGGAGCGCCGCCUUCCUCAAAGCCCGGCUCCCCUGCCCUCAUUGAGACCAAGGAGCCCAACGGGAGCAUCCACACCAGCGGCUCCACGUCCGAGGAGCCAGAUGCCCAGGCCGACAACCCCUCAUUCCCCAACCCUCGCCGGAGGCUGCGGCUUCAGGACCUGGCUGAUCGCGUGGUGGACGCCUCCGAGGACGAGCACGAGCUCAACCAGCUGCUCAGCGAGGCCCUGCUGGAGCGGGAGUCCGCCCAGGUAGUGAAGAAGAGAAACACCUUCUUCCUGUCCAUGCGGUUCAUGGACCGCGAGAUGGAAACCCGCUACUCGGUGGAGAAGGAGAAGCAGAGCGGGGCCGCCUUCAGCUGCUCCUGCGUCGUCCUGCUCUGCACGGCCCUGGUUGAGAUUCUCAUCGACCCCUGGCUAAUGACAAACUAUGUGACCUUUGUGGUUGGUGAGCUGCUGCUCCUCAUCCUGACCGUCUGCUCGCUGGCUGCCAUCUUUCCUCGGGCCUUUCCUAAGAAGAUCGUGGCCUUCUCGACUUGGAUCGACCGGACGCGCUGGGCCAGGAACACCUGGGCCAUGCUGGCCAUCUUCAUUCUGGUCAUGGCAAACGUCGUGGACAUGCUUAGCUGUCUCCAGUACUACAUGGGACCCACCAACGGCACCUCAGGGGUGCAGGCGGAGGAGGGCUGCGUGGAGAACCCCAAGUAUUACAACUACGUCGCCGUGCUGUCCCUCAUCGCCACCAUCAUGCUGGUGCAGGUCAGCCACAUGGUCAAGCUGACACUCAUGCUGCUCGUCGCAGGGGCCGUGGCCGUCACCAACAUCUACGCCUGGCGCCCCAUCUUCGAUGAGUACGACCGCAGACGCUUCCAGGAACGCGACUUUCCCAUGGUGGCCUUAGAGAAGAUGCAGGUACUUGCCAGCCCUGGGCUCAAUGGCACUGACAGGCUGCCCCUGGUGCCUUCUAAGUGCUCGAUGACGGUGAUGAUCUUUGUCAUGAUGCUCAGCUUCUACUACUUCUCCCGCCACGUGGAGAAGCUGGCACGGACACUGUUCUUAUGGAAGAUUGAGGUCCACGACCAGAAGGAACGUGUCUAUGAAAUGAGACGCUGGAACGAGGCCUUGGUCACUAACAUGUUGCCUGAGCACGUGGCACGCCAUUUCCUGGGGUCCAAGAAGAGAGACGAGGAGCUGUACAGUCAGUCUUAUGACGAGAUUGGAGUCAUGUUUGCCUCCCUGCCCAACUUUGCUGACUUCUACACAGAGGAGAGCAUCAAUAACGGUGGCAUUGAGUGUCUGCGCUUCCUCAAUGAGAUCAUCUCAGAUUUUGACUCUCUCCUGGACAAUCCCAAGUUUCGGGUCAUCACCAAGAUCAAAACCAUUGGCAGCACCUACAUGGCAGCUUCAGGAGUCACCCCAGAUGUCAACACCAAUGGCUUUACCAGCUCCAACAAGGAGAAGUCAGACAAGGAGCGCUGGCAGCACCUGGCGGAUCUGGCCGACUUCGCGCUCGCCAUGAAAGACACGCUCACCAAUAUCAACAACCAGUCCUUCAACAACUUCAUGUUGCGCAUUGGCAUGAACAAAGGAGGGGUACUGGCUGGUGUCAUCGGAGCCCGGAAACCACACUAUGACAUCUGGGGCAAUACAGUCAACGUAGCCAGCAGGAUGGAGUCCACAGGGGUCAUGGGCAACAUUCAGGUACGUCCAGCAGCAGAGCCGACCGUGUGCUCAGAUCCAGGGAGUGGAGUCGGAAUCAUGCAUGUUUUGCAGGGCACUACGGCCUCCUUUCUGUUGGCCCAGAACGUUAAGUUGGCAAUGCUGAGAUCAGGGGUAAGAUUGGGAAGAGAUGCCUCAGUAAAACGGAGAAAAUACUUCAAUCCCAUUUGCAAAAUGUAGGUUUAAGUUCUGGGUAAGAAUGUCCUGCCUCUUGGUGUGAACCAGCGACACCUUGGGCCUCUAACAGCUCCCCCCAAAACCACCCUGAUCUGUCUGAUCUGUAUCACUGGCUCUGGCAGGAAAGCUCCACAAGAAGGGCAAAGGGGACAGAAAAGCAGGCAUACAAGUUGCCAAACAAGGCAACCUGUGGCUGACCUCCUAGGAGAGCGAGCACGAAGGUUGCCUUGGGAGAGGGGCGGGCCAGGCAACACCCCCACCCCCCAAGCGGUACACAGGUUGGCAGGGGCAGGAGAAGAGCGCUGUGAGCCUGUGGACAGGGACCUUGCGUGGGUACCAGGCCCCCCAGCCCAGGUUCUCUCUCUAAGCCCAAGCUCUCGGUUCUCCCUCUACAGGUGGUGGAAGAAACUCAAGUCAUCCUUCGAGAGUACGGCUUCCGCUUUGUGAGGAGAGGGCCCAUCUUUGUGAAAGGGAAGGGGGAGCUGCUAACCUUUUUCUUGAAGGGGCGAGAGAAGCCAGCCAC